GCGGAAGCCCAUCAUGGUGAUUGGUGAGAGAUGCAACUAUGCAAGACUCCUGCAAAUUAAUUGCACUCUUCUCUUUUUUGCCCAAACAGCGAUUUCCAAUCUCUUCCCCAAAUCCUCAGCACCAGCAAAAUCGAGGCGCUCAUAGUGGGUCAUUUAGGGUACAUACUAAUGGCAAGAAGACUCCCUACCCAGCUCUUUGUAAGCAGGUUGUCAUUUUAUACCACAAAUGAAGAAUUGAAGAGGUUGUUUACCCCUUAUGGUGUUGUUAAAGAAGCUAGGCUAGUUAUGGACCCGAUAACCCGGAGGCCUAAAGGGUUUGGCUUUGUCACUUAUGACUCAGAAGUUGAAGCACAGAAGGCAAUCAAGUCCAUGAAUGGCAGGAUUGUUAAAGGAAAGCUGCUCUUUGUGGAAGUUGCAAAUACCAAAACACAAGGGGAAGGUUCCUCAUGAGGAUUAUACAAUCUCAUUUUCAUGGACAUAUGCUUGUCGAAAUGAUAGAGAUGUAUUGAAUGAUUCCUACAAGAUAUUGUUUCUUUCAAAUAAUAGUUUAGUGUCCAGUCACAAGUAUUGCAAAAUUCUUCUGAUGAACUUAUUUAGUUCCCCAAUUUGCCGAAUGGAUUGCACAUUCUUCUCUUUA